AUGUAUCCUACCACCAUUCCAGAAACUAUGCAAGCCAUCGUAUUUGAUGGUGAAAAAGCAGUCUUAGAAAAAAAUGUCCCUGUUCCUAAAUUAGGAAAAGACACUGAUUUGCUAGUUAAAGUCAAAGCUGUUGCUGGUAACCCCACUGAUUGGAAACACAUUGAAUAUAAGAUUGGCCCUAAAGGUUGCAUUGUUGGUUGUGAUUUGUCAGGUAUUGUUGUUAAAGUAGGUUCUAAAGUUGAUCCUGAAAAAUUUAAAGUUGGUGAUGAGGUUUGUUCCUUUGUGCAUGGAUGUGCUGUUCUACACCCGGAAAACGGUGCAUUUGCCGAAUACAGCGUUGUUUCCUCACUUGUAGCUUUAAAAUUGGAAAAUUUAAAAGUUGAAACCAAAGAUGAAGUUCCGGAGGGUCCAAUUGUCUCCUUUGAAAGCGCUGCCAGUCUACCAGUUGCAUUAUACACUGCUGCUGUCGCGUCUACCUACAUUUACCACAACAAAAUUGAAAUUCCCACCACUCCAAAUGAAGUCCCACAAAAUGGCAAAGAUUCUGUUUUCUUAAUAUGGGGUGGUGCUACAAGUGUUGGUCAAAACAUGAUUCAGGUCUUAAAGCAUACCAAUGCUUACAGCAAAAUUAUUGUUGUUGCCUCUAAAAAACAUGAAAAGUUAUUAAAGGAAUAUGGCGCUACUGAACUUUUUGACUACCACGAGCCUGAUGUCGUUUCAAAGAUAAAGGCCAAAUACCCAAAUAUUCACCAUGCUUUAGAUACGGUUUCUAUUAUUCCAACUUUUAAUGACACUUAUAGGGUUGUCGUUCCGGAUGAAAAAAGUAUUGUCGGUAAUUUGAUGAAUUACACUUCUGAAAUGAUUGAUGCUUCCAUUUUGAAUGAUAAAGUUUGUUUAAGUUCCAUCCUCUUGUAUUCUAUUUCUGGAGAGGAAAUUCCAUUUGCCAACGGCAGUGUUAUUCCUAAAAACCCGGAAUUUGUUGAAAUUGCCGUUAAAACUAUGAAUGAUGUAAAUAAAUUAAUAUACGCCAAUAAAAUUAAACAUAUGCCGUUAAAAAUUUUCCAUAAUGGAUUGGAAGAUAUCCCAGAAAUUUUACAUGGCAUUCAAAUCGGUAAAAAUUCUGGCGUUAAGUUUAUUGCUAGUAUUUAA